CUCAGCAAUGUGACUAGCUGUUGAACAAUGGCAGGAAGUUGGUGUUUUGUUCAGUUUCUGGCACUUUGUGUGUGGUUUUGUGCUUUCUGUCAUGCUGUUCCACAGUGGAGUAAUCUGCCCCAGAAUCCUCAAGCUCUGAUGUUCCAGCAAACUGACCAGCGAUUUCAACAGCCAGCUCAACAACAAGCUAGUCCACAGUUUCCUCAACUUCAACAAGCUAGUCCACAGUUUCCUCAACUUCAACAAGCUAGUCAACAGUUUCCUCAACUUCAACAAGCUAGUCAACAGUUUCCUCAACUUCAACAAGCUAGUCAACAGUUUCCUCAACUUCAACAAGCUAGUCAACAGUUUCCUCAACUUCAACAAGCUAGUCAACAGUUUUCUCAACUUCAACAAGCUAGUCCACAGUUUUCUCAGCAGUUUCAGCCUAAGCAGCCAGUGGCGCAGGCAGAGCCCCUUGACAAAUGUGCUGUAGCUGAUUAUGAGCUGAUCCAAUGUGGACCACCUGGUAUCAGUGGUGCUGAGUGUGAAGCUAUCAACUGCUGCUUUAACGGACAGCAGUGUUACUAUGGGAAGGCAGUGACUGUCCAGUGUAUAAGAGAUGGUCAGUUUGUGGUAGUGGUGGCUAGAGAUGUUACUCUGCCUCGAUUGAGCCUGGAUUCAGUCCGUCUCUUGGGUGGGAAUGAUCCACCUUGCAGUCCUGUGGGAUCCACACCUUCCUUUGCUAUAUACCAGUUCCCUGUCACUGCAUGUGGCACGAGCAUGAUGGAGGACAGUGGAUAUGUGGUGUAUGAAAACAGGAUGACCUCCUCGUAUGAAGUGGGGAUUGGACCACUUGGUUCCAUCACAAGAGACAGCCAUUUUGAGCUUCUCUUCCAGUGUAGGUACUCUGCUACUUCUGUGGAAGCUCUGGUUGUGGAGGUCAACACUGUUCCUCCACCUCCACCAGUAGCUGCUCCUGGACCCCUCAGGGUGGGGCUUAGACUGGCAAAUGGUCAAUGUGUCACCAAAGGCUGUGCAGAAGGGGACGAGGCGUACACGUCCUACUACAGUGAUGCUGAUUAUCCGAUCACAAAAGUCCUGCGGGAGCCUGUGUAUGUUGAGGUGCGCAUUUUGGAGAGGACCGACCCCAACAUUGUCCUGAUGCUGGGACGUUGCUGGGCGACAUCAACCCCCAGUCCACUCAGUCUACCCCAGUGGGACCUUCUGGUUGAUGGAUGCCCUUACCAGGAUGACCGUUACCUGACCACAUUGGUUCCGGUGGCUGGAUCAUCUGGUCUUCAGUUCCCAACCCACUACAAGCGCUUUGUUGUGAAGAUGUUCACAUUUGUGGAUCCAGCAUCACUGGCUCCUCUGCAGGAAACUAUCUUCAUCCACUGUAGUACAGCGGUGUGCCAUCCCUCUUCUGGCUCCUGUGAGCAAAGCUGCGCUAGGAAAAGAAGAGACACGCACGUCAAGACCAUCUCUAGUGGGCAAACUGUGGUUUCUAGUGGAGAAGUUAACCUGGUCGAGUCUAUUUAGUGUUUUAAUAAACUGCAUGAAACAAUAU